UUAAUACACUCCUUCAAACGUCUCCCUCCCUCCCUCCCUCCUUCUGUUUCAUUAGCCGGACCCAAGAGGAUGACUAAGAUCAAUCUGAAGAAUGACGCCUCCCUUCUUCUCAUUGCCAUUUUCAUUUUGAGUGCAAGUUUGGGGACUUGCUAUGGCAGAGAAGGCAAGCGUUGGAGGCACAGCGAAGCUCACCCACUGAAAAAGGGAGAAGGUCAUCGAGAUGGACACCAACACCACCAUCAACAUCACCGCCGCCUUUCGCCGAAGGUGAUGGGAGACGGGUACACUGUUCCUCAUGAGACUAUGACAAGUUUAGCAGGAAGUUCAGGGAGUACUACCACCUUUAAUGUGCUGGACUAUGGGGCUAAAGGUGAUGGACAUGCUGAUGAUACAAAGGCAUUUGAAGCAGCUUGGGCAGCAGCAUGUCCAGUGGCGGCAUCAACGCUGGUGGUCCCAUCUGGGUCCGUGUUUAUGGUUAAACCAAUCUCUUUUUCAGGGCCUAAUUGCAAACCGGGCAUUGUGUUUCAGUUAGAUGGCAAGAUUAUUGCUCCAACAAGCUCUCAGGCUUGGGGAUCAGGUCUCCUCCAAUGGAUUGAAUUCACAAAGCUUACAACGAUCAAAAUUCAGGGAAAGGGCAUCAUAGAUGGACAAGGCUCGGUGUGGUGGAAUGAUUCACCCACUGUUAAUCCAACAGACGAGUUGGAUUCGAUCUCCUCCACAGCCCAAAGUCCAACAAAUAGCUCCAAGGAUAUGAUAAGUACUAAUCUAAGUGGAAUGCCAAGCACCAAGCCCACGGCACUUAGGUUCUAUGGAAGCACUGAUGUAACAGUCAAUGGGAUAACCUUACAGAACAGCCCUCAGGCCCACCUGAAGUUCGACUCUUGCACAGAUGUCCAGGUUUUUGGUGUUACUAUAACUUCCCCUGGAAACAGCCCCAACACUGAUGGAAUCCAUCUACAGAAUUCCCAAAAUAUGCUAAUUUACAGCACAAAUAUUGCUUGUGGAGAUGACUGUGUAUCGAUACAGACUGGAUGCUCCAAUGUGUACAUACACAAUGUAAAUUGCGGACCAGGACAUGGUAUCAGUAUCGGAGGACUAGGAAAGGACAACACUAAAGCUUGUGUCUCGAACAUCACCGUCCGAGACACAACAAUUACUGGAACAUUAACUGGAGUCAGGAUAAAGACAUGGCAGGGAGGAUCAGGAUCUGCACAAGAUAUCAUGUUCUCAAACAUCCAAGUAUCAGAGGUUCAAACUCCUAUUGUGAUUGACCAGUUCUACUGUGACAAAGGAAAAUGCCAGAAUGAAACAGCAGCCGUGGCAGUUUCAGGCAUAAACUACAUGAACAUAAAAGGAACUUACACAGUGCAACCUGUACAUUUUGCCUGCAGUGACAGCUUGCCUUGCAUUGGUGUGUCCCUUACAACCAUACAGUUGAAACCGGUUCAAGGCAGCCACUGGUAUGACCCCUUUUGCUGGGAGACAUAUGGUGAGUUGAAAACUGCCACAGAACCUCCAAUCAGCUGCUUACAGAAAGGAAAGCCAUCAAAGUUGCCGUCUCAGCUUGUUUCAUGCUGAGUUUAGGGAAAGAAUUCUGCUAGAUAUUUGUACCAUAGGCUUUGAGUGAUCUCUUCAGCCAUAUUUGGCUGACUAUGUAGGGAAGAACUAUAUGGAAAUUUACACAUGUAUAGGGGAAUCGUCAUUUUCUAGUGAUAGAAUAGUAUUUCUACACAAAAAUUUACAGGUAUAUGCAGAAAUAUCAUUUCAAUUUUAACAAUGGAUUCCAGCCAAA